AUGACAGACAGAGAAAUGGACAUAACGAUAAAGGUGAGGAAUGAAACAACAGUCCAGAAGUUCAUCCUGGAGGGGUUUCCUGCUGUCCAGCACCUGGGGAAUGUGCUGUUCCUGUUGCACCUGCUGGCUUACCUGGCCUCCGUCAUGGGAAACACGCUCAUAAUCACCAUCACCUGAGCUGACCAUCGCCUCCAGACACCAAUGUAUAUUUUACUCAGCAGUUUUUCCUUCUGUGAGUGCGUUUUUAUAAGCACAGUUAUUCCUAAACUGCUGGUCAUCUUUCUUUUAGGAAGGCAAACAAUUCCCUUUACUGACUGUCUCACACAAGCCUUUUUUACUUUAUUUCUUGGGGCAACAAUUUUCUUUCUCAUGGCUGCCAUGUCUUUGGAUCGCUACCUGGCCAUUUGCAAACCUCUGCACUACCCAAGCAUAAUGAAUCUGAGGGUUUCUUUCCUUCUGGUUUUCUUCUGCUAUACUUUGUCCUUCUUUGUCAUCACUGGUCUGGUCGUCAAGGUUUCCCAGCUGUUCUUCUGUGGCCCCAAUGUCAUCCCUCAUUUCUUCUGUGAUCUUGGCUGCUUAAUUCAUCUCUCCUGUUCUGACACCAGAUCUACUGAAAUGUUGGCCUUUGGCCUCACAUUGCUUAUCCUGUUUUCACCCCUCAUGAUAACCAUCAUUUCGUAUAGCAGCAUAGCCGUCACAAUCAUGCGUCUCCCGUCAGCCAAGGAGCGGCAGAAAGCCUUCUCCACCUGCUCCUCCCACCUCGUUGUCCUCUCUCUGAUGUAUGGAAGCUGUGUCUUUAUAUACAUGAAACCAAACCAAAGGGACAGGCUGGACUCCAACAGAGAGGCUGCUCUUGUGAACACAGUGGUGACCCCGCUGCUGAACCUGGUCAUCUACACUCUGCGGAACAAGCAGGUUCACCAAGCUCUGAGGGAUGCUCUGUCCAGGGUGAAAUUGCAAUAA